CCAUAACAGGAGCCGGCUCGUGCAAAGCAGCGUGCAUUCUCGGUGACAAUUCUAUUAUUUAAUCAGCCUUUAUCUAAUAAAUUAUUGAAUGCUAUGAUGUUGUAGAAGAAUAAAUACGUAAAUUACACUGAUAAAGCAUAGUUACUUUCUUUGGAUAUUCAUUCUUUCAAGUCAAAUUUGCUAAUUGCUAGCGACUUGUCGCCGACGUUCGACGUAUUACAAGUAGACCUAAUCAUACCUAUCAAUAUUCAAAAUGCCAGUCCAAGCACUACAGAUUUUACGACCACUUUCUAUUUUCGGUCGGCAACAAAUUCACCAUUGCUUGCUGUUGCCCAGACUCCCUGCUGUCUUAGGAUCACAAGUUGCUGCUCUCCACCUUUCUGGAUUGAAUUUUAAUAAACCGGUCUAUCAACGAGACAAGCCUCACAUCAAUGUUGGUACAAUUGGUCACGUCGAUCACGGCAAGACAACCCUGACUGCCGCCAUUACCAAGGUUUUGUCGGAGAAAAAUUUGGCCAUUGCUCGCAAGUACGAGGAGAUUGACAAUGCUCCCCAAGAGAAGGCUCGAGGCAUUACUAUCAACGUUGCACAUAUUGAAUAUUCUACUGAGACGAGGCACUAUGGCCACACUGACUGCCCUGGUCAUCUUGAUUAUAUAAAGAACAUGAUCACUGGUUGUAAUCAAAUGGAGGGAGCUAUCCUGGUGGUAGCUGCAACUGAUGGAGUUAUGCCACAAACAAGAGAGCAUCUCACAUUGGCUAAGCAAAUUGGUAUCAAACAUCUCGUUGUGUUCAUCAAUAAGGUUGAUGCGGCUGAUGAAGAGAUGGUGGAGUUGGUGGAGAUGGAAAUAGGGGAGCUGCUUAGUGAGAUGGGCUUUGAUGCCUCUACCAUCCCCAUGGUGAAAGGGUCGGCCCUUGCUGCUGUUGAGGGCAAAACUCCUGAAAUAGGAGUGAAGGCCAUAGAAGAGCUGCUGAGCAAAGUAGAUGAGAUCCCGACGCCUGAACGAGACCUCGACAAGCCCUUCAUGAUGCCCAUUGAGAUAGUUCACUCCAUCCCUAAUCGAGGAACUGUGGUAACUGGUCGGCUAGACCGAGGCCGUAUCAAGAAGGGCACUGAAGCAGAAUUCCACGGCUAUGUCAAAAAAUUCAAAGGCACCAUCACUGGCAUCGAGAUGUUCCACAAAACAUUGGACGAGGCCCAAGCUGGGGACACCAUGGCGGCUCUCAUUAGAGGGCUGAAGAGGGACCAAGUUCGACGUGGAAUGGUGAUGUGCAAGCCCGGAGCAGUGAAGGCUCAUGACCACGUUGAGAGUCAAGUCUACAUCCUGACCAAAGAAGAGGGUGGCAUUGACAAACCCAUCAUUCCAUUCCAGCAGGUUCACGUGUUCUCGAUGACUUGGGAUGUAGCUGCUCAGCUCACGCUUCCUGACAAAGAGAUGAUUAUGGGAGGCGAGGAUGCUAGACUGGUGAUGAAAUUCAUCAAGCCGGUGGUGGUGGAGCAAGGCCAACGGUUCACUAUCAGGUCCGGACACAAGACCGUUGGUACGGGGGUUUUCACCGCCAUCCACAAGGAUCUCACCGAAGACGAAAGAGAAGACUUCCAGCUUAGCAAGAAGAAAAGGGCAAAGAAGGAAGCGCUCAGGGCUGCCAAGGCUGCCAAAUAAAUUGAUCUAUCGCUUUCGAGUGUUUGCUGAGCAUCAAACAGGGUCUGUAAAUGAUGAUGUCAACCCGUUAAACUCAGCCGAUGCCAUAAUAACAUUUUAAGAAAGAGAUUAAGUCUAACUGUCAACUAAAUUUUAUUCAAGAGUCUCAAUCCACAAAUUCAUUCAUUGACUUUAAUUCGGAAAACUCGUAAUAUAGCAAUUCUACGUCAAGGAAUUUACUCAACAAGAUUAAAUAUAACUUUGUUUAGCUGCUCUAAGGUUAUAUUCCAAACGUGCACCACACUCAAUUCAUCCUGUUUCAUCCAUUCACAUGUAAUUGCUUUCUACCAAAUUAUUUGUCCCACUGCAUUUGGUUGCCUGCAUUUUUUGUCUAAAAAAACUAGAUCUAUCCGUAUCGUUCCAACAAGCAAUUGGCUGGAGCUCCAGCAAUGAGGAUAGAAUCUGAAGAUUUUCUCGUGUUAGUCUUUUGCUCGCCUGGGAGAAAUGUUGAAAGUUAAACCUAUCCGCAAGGUUAAUCCCGUAAUGGAAUAACUUUUGUUGUAUGAAAUGUUGUACCUCUUGUAGUAUAUCCAUCUCGUAAUGAACUACCAUUGGCAUUCUCUCUGUUAAUAAUGCUAAGUUUAUAAGGAUCUGCAUCAUCACGGCAAGAAAUCCUUGUCAAGAAAUUCUUAUUGGUG